CUCUCCUUCCUCCACACUCCCCAAACCAUCGCCAUCGCGCACCUCCCCCCACGCAUCUUGUUGCUUUCCUCCGGCCGCUCUUCCGUCUCUCCCCUGUGUUUCGGUAUCGCCAUGACGAACCACGCCGCCUUCACCGCCGACGACGCGGUCACCGCCGUUCCGCCGCCGGCGCAGGCGAGUCGCCAUUUCUCAUCGUUCCCGCCGCGGAGGGCGCGCGACUGCAGGAAUGCCGCCCUGGGCCGCAUGGACCUCGCCGCGUCGCUGCUGGACUGCCUGAAGGCCUCCUCGCCCCGCCAUGCCAAGUUCGCCGCCGCCGCCGACCAGGAGGACUGGAUGGAGAAGCACCCGUCCGCACUAGAGCGGUUCGAGGCCGUGCUGGCGGCGGCGAAGGGGAAGCAGAUCGUGAUGUUUCUGGACUACGACGGCACCUUGUCGCCGAUCGUGGAGGACCCCGACAGCGCCUUCAUGACCGAAGACAUGAGAGACGCGGUGAGGAGCGUGGCGCAGCAUUUCCCGACCGCCAUCGUCAGUGGGAGAGGCAGGGACAAGGUGUUUAACUUCGUGAAGCUAGAGGAGCUCUACUACGCUGGGAGCCACGGCAUGGACAUCAAGGGCCCCACCACAGUGUCCAACCACAAGGCAAAGGCUGACGAAGUUCUGUGCCAGCCGGCGACCGAGUUCCUGCCUGUCAUCCAGGAGGUGUAUGAGACGCUGACGGCCAAGAUGAAGUCCAUCCCGGGAGCCAUGGUGGAGGACAACAAGUUCUGCCUCUCCGUGCACUUCCGCUGCGUCGACGAGAAGGAAUGGGAUGCUCUAGGCGAGGAGGUGAGGUCGGUGUUGGAGGGCUACCCGGACCUCCGCCUCACCAAGGGGAGAAAGGUCCUGGAGAUCCGGCCCUCCAUCAAGUGGGACAAGGGCAAUGCCCUCGAGUUCUUGCUCGAGUCUCUCGGCUAUGCCGGGCGUGGCGAUGUUUUCCCAAUAUACAUCGGAGAUGACCGCACCGACGAGGACGCCUUCAAGGUGUUGCACAACAUGGGACAGGGCAUCGGGAUCCUCGUGACCAAGUUUCCAAAGGAGACCACUGCAUCCUACUCUCUGCGUGAGCCUGCAGAGGUGAAAGACUUCCUGCGUAAGCUGGUGAAGAGCAACGUGACAAAGGGCUAGUAUUUCAUCAUCAACCAUCUGAUACCUCGGAAUGGAGAGCAAGAUAUAUAAGCUAGAUCAAGUCUUAUAUCGUUUUGGACUUUGCGUUUUUGCUUGUUUUAACUAGUAGAAGAAUGCAUGCGUGCGCUGGGAUCGAUAUAUAAGAUCCAGAUCGAGCAGUUAAGCCAGUUACCCUAGGCCUUGGCUCUGAAGGUUUCUAUUACUGUAUCCUUCUAGCAAGGUGUUGUAAUUAGCCUUCCCUAGAUAUGACAGAAAUGGGAGUGACAAAGUAGCCCUCCCUUUUCUCACCCGCACUAGUGUAAAAGAAAUGUUGUUGUUUGCGUGCUCAUAAACUUGUGAUGUCAUUCAUGUGAUGAA